AUGGAUAGGGUCGAAGCCAGCGGACACGGGACCAAUACUUGGGGAGCGCGCGAGAGUCGUUACCGGCCUCACGGAUACGCCCCAGGAACCAUCCGCGGGAGCCACGCUUUGCAGGUCUACCCAGGCGGGGUCAGAGACGAACUGACUCGUGGACCGCUCUCUGAAGCUCCCCCAGGCCGAACAGGCGGCGGCAAAGGAUUCGGUACCGCCAGCCACCCUUCGUGUUCCGGCAGCGCAGCCCGCAGACAAGCUCCCCGCUUAGCGAUGGAAAGCCACGGACCCGUGGAGUGCAUCACAAUGACGACGGGCAACCGGAAGGUCUUGGACCCAGCGUUGUGGCGCAGGAUGGGCAUGGCGACGGGCUAUGAAUAUAUUAGAAAUGCUAAAAAGAAUCAAUGA